AAAGUCUGUAACCCUGCCACCAACGAUGGGUGCACCGCCAUAGUCCUCCGUACGGCGACCACGAAGGGUACUGCCAGCUGCGGCAGCUGGCAGCAUAAUCAUCAGCGACAGGAUCAGCGUUAAUCGUUUCAUCAUCUUUCGUUCUUCUUGUUGUAUUUUGUGUCAUUGCUGGGUUUGUGUGUUGAAAGUAUCACGACUGGCUAAUGUGGAGUUCUCUACCAGCAUGACUGCGAAUUAUUGAUGCAUGCAUUUGAAAGUCAGCUACGGUAUGAACAUAUACUCAACCAGGAAAAAGUAGCAAUGCCAACAAGUUAUUGACGCAAAAAGUGAGGCCGCCAUGUGCCAGCUUCGGUUCUCUUCUUGUGGUGAUGGCCAAGUCCUGGAUAUUUGAAACAUGCAUGCCGUAUCUUUUUGUUUUUAUGACGUCAUUGAAAAAGAUCUGCAGCCGAUCGACACCUGCCCAACGGCAACAAGAGAUAUGACACCAUGGCCACGGCGACCACAAAAAACUGAAGCCAACAUUGAUCGAGCUGAAGCAAUAGCUUAGUAGGUCUUAUUCAGUAGUAGACAAGCACCUCUCAGUAGCUAUUGACAACUUGCGUUUUCUGCAAUACCAUGGCGUUUGCUGCUUUGUUGAUGAUGCGACCGCUUCUGCUCUUGAUUGUGAUUUCCAGUGUCUUUAAGUCUUCUGUUGCCACCAGCAGAGAUCCCUUCUUUCGCAAGACAUCCUCCGUGACAUCCAACCUGUUGGCAUGGAGGAAAGACACAUUAUUGUCGCCUCGAAGUAGUUUUAUGAGAAACAUGCGCGACAGCAACACUCUCACUGAUGGCAGCAAUAAGGCAGAGCAAGAGCAACCAGCACAGGAAGCUGAGAAUGAUGAUGAGCAGGUGGAGCUGACAUCCCCACGUGUCACUCGAUCGAUCAGUAAUGAUGACACAUUCUACUCGGCAGAAGAAGAAGAAGACGAGGAUGAGAGCUGGAAUGGCGAAGAAGAUGAUGAAGGCACCAUGGAGAUGACUUCCUUACUACUGGACAUGCGGGGAGGAGCUGUCUCCGAUAACACUCUAGCAACAACGCCUCGUGGCGGAGGAGCCAAGAAAAAACAAGUGCAAGAUGAUGACUCCACCGCUGCGGGCAUGAUAUCCUGUGUUUUUAACUUGGUCAACAAUGUGGCGGGAGCUGGAAUCUUGGCGCUCAGUGCAGGCAUGACGGGGGGUACUGGAUGGAUCCCCGCCGUCUUGCUGUGUGUGGCACUCGGGAUCAUUAGCAGUCACUCCUUCAAGAUUAUUGGAGAGGCCUGUGAACUUACUGGAGAAAAGGACUUUAAGGGACUUUGGGCCCGGACGAUUGGACCUCAAACAACCUACAUGGUCGAUUCCAUCAUUGCAUUCAUGUGCGUGGCAGUCUCCAUCAUCUAUUCCGGUAUCUUGGGAGAUGUCUUUACACCACUCCUCAAAGAGGCUGGGAUGCCCGAUAUAUACAAUGGACGAACCUCCAACAUUAUUGCCAUCACGGCCACCUUGCUGCUCCCCCUCAGUCUCAUUAAAAACUUGAGCGCAUUGGCAUUCACAUCCAUUUUGGGAUUCUGUGCCAUUUCCUACACUGUGUUCUUUAUUGUGGUGCGAGCAUUGGAUGGAUCUUACAAAUUGGGAUCGGGACGAUUCGUACAAGAAGGGGCUGCCUCGUUGUUGGACGCCAUGCCUUCUUUUCAGAAAUCGUCCCUCUGGGGAUUUGGUUUUACGUCGCUCGUGCUGGUCUCCAACUUGGGAUUGGCGUUUAUCGCACACUACAAUGCCCCCACUUUUUAUCGACAAUUGCGCAAUACCAACAGUCAACGAUUCGGACGUAUGGUCGAUGUGUCCUUUACCAUUCUCGUGGCACUCUACAUCAUUACCAUGCUCGCUGGAUACAGUACAUUUGGAGAUGUGUGUCGCGGCAAUCUACUCUUGAAUUAUCAUCCACACGAUAUACUGAGCACUCUGGGACGACUCGCCACGGGGUUUUCCAUUCUGUUUGGAUUCCCCUUGGUCAUGUGUGGUGCACGCGAAGGAUUGAUUGGUGCCGCGGAUAGUUGUGGAUUUCCGGCAUUGGGAAAAGAUCAGUUCCAUUUCCCAUUGGUGGCAACCAUGUUGGCCUUUGUCACGGUCAUUUCUUGCAGUGUCGAGGAUGUUUCGCUCGUCGUGGGAUUGACCGGAGCUGCCAUGGGAGCCUUUAUCGUGUAUAUUUGUCCCGCUAUUCUGUACACUCGAGCCGUCAAGCAGGUCAAGGGCAAAGACAGCGUCGAGUAUGGCAAGGCCAAAUAUACAAUGGCGCUGGUACCCUUUGGUCUUUUUGUGGGAUCUCUUGGAGUCUACAUGACAAUCAAAGAAGCCAUGGCUUAGCUAGCUAGCUAGCUAGACGGAGAACAACCGCGUGAUCCUCGUGUCGGGUCCACCUUUGGCUACGACCUCUCGAUGGCUAUCGUAGCUAGCUAGUAUCAGAGUUACAUAGUUGCAAGUUUCUUCAUGUAAGUAAAGCUACAAUAUUAUAUAUUCAGUAUGACAAAACUGAAACAACUGGGCU